CUCGGGACAGAGCUAGCGGCGAACUAGACAGCGUCCCCACGCCAUGGUCCCCACCAGCCGCGGCUCAGCCUGGGUCCCUCUGCUCCCGACUCGAGUGCCCGAAGCAGGCUUUGGUUUUAUGUCAGCAGCCUUCAUCUGCCUUCCAAAAAUAAGCCCCUGCCGCCAUGCCGAGGGGAGAAAAACAAGAAGGGCGGUAUUUUUAGGGUCAUUAAUUCUGACCACGUGCCUGAGAGGCAAGGUGGAUGGCCCUGGGACAGAGGCUGUUCAUCGCUAUGUCCCGGGGAGCAGGACGUCUUCAGGGCACGCUGCAGGCUCUCAUCUUCCUAGGCGUCCUCGUGGGCAUGGUGGUGCCCUCGCCUGCAGGCACCCGCGCCAACAGCACGCUGCUGGACUCGAGGGGCUGGGGCACCCUGCUGUCCAGGUCCCGAGCUGGGCUAGCUGGAGAGAUUGCUGGCGUGAAUUGGGAAAGUGGCUAUUUGGUGGGGAUCAAGCGGCAGCGGAGGCUCUACUGCAACGUGGGCAUCGGCUUUCACCUCCAGGUGGCUCCCGACGGCCGGAUCAGCGGGAUCCACGAGGAGAACCCCUACAGCCUGCUGGAGAUCUCCACAGUGGAGCGGGGUGUGGUGAGUCUCUUUGGAGUGCGAAGCGCCCUGUUUGUGGCCAUGAACAGUAAAGGAAGACUCUACACAACGCCCAGCUUCCACGAGGAAUGCAAGUUCAGAGAAACCCUCCUGCCCAACAAUUACAAUGCCUACGAGUCAGACCGGUACCGAGGGACCUACAUCGCACUGAGCAAAUACGGACGGGUAAAGCGAGGCAGCAAAGUGUCCCCCAUCAUGACCGUCACGCACUUCCUUCCCAGGAUAUAAGGACCCUGAAAGAAGGCGCACAGGCUGCCAGUGACAUUUUUUCUAUUGGAAUUUUGCACAAGAGAA